AUGCUACGGGGUCGAGCAGAAAAAGUAGGCAGCGACAAUCGGCAAUCAAGGCAGAACGGAGAAACUGCAAUUAAGGAUAUUCUUGAAAAGAAAAGCAAGAAAAUGAGCUUUGGAAAGUGGAACUUCAAGGCUAACAGAAAAGAUCAAAAGUAUUUGGAUCAGAUUCAUUCACUGGAGGCAAAAAUAAACAACUACGAAGCUAGGACAAGAGAUAUCUUCAAAAUGCACAACGAAGAGAUACGCGAAAUGAAGCACGACAAAGAUGAGUUGCAAAAGAGAAUUGACCGCCAAGCCAAGAAAAUUAUAGAACUAGAAUCAGAAGUAGCACGUCUUCAACUGUACAAUUCUACGUUGAGUGAAGAAUCGGGCUCGUCAAGUAUUGUAUUAGUAAAGUACCAAGAGGCUAUCAAAAAACGGGAUGAUAAGAAUAACGCUUUACAAUUCGAGUUGCAAAAGCUCAAAAACACUUACAACGAUGAAAUCAACAAGUACAGAGUAACGCUAGCGACGAAAAAGCAGUUGAACGAAGAAGAACCUGAAGCACCGGAUAAGUCACUACUAAAAAUGAAGCGGGAAAUGUUUAGUCGAUCAGGAAUUUCUGGAGAAAGAGUAGAUAUCGUCCAUCAGAAAGAUGCGAAUUCAAAUGCCCCUAAAACACAAGAUGAGAGCGACUUUCUAAGGAAAAUCUUGGUGAAGCAGCAGUUCUUCAAAAAUCUUGAGGAAGAACAAAUCACAAAUUUAAUCGAUUGCGCCGAGAAGCAAGCUUACUGCAAAGGAUCUGAAAUAAUUGUGGAAGGAACCGAAGGUAAUACCAUGUUCAUUCUCAUCUCUGGAAGCGUGAAAGUCAUGAAGAACGGACUCUACAUUACAUCAAUGGAAGCUGGUGCUUUGUUCGGGGAAGUUGCUUUGCUCUAUAAUUGCAUGAGGACGGCUCAAGUCGAGGCGGAAAAUGAUGUCCAUGUUUGGAGCAUCAACAGAAAGACCUUCCAGAAUGCCAUCAGAUCUGCUGGUCAAUCUAAAGACAGAGAAAAGCGAAAGCUUCUUUCUUCCGUCGAUGUUCUCAAAGAUUUGAGUAAGCUGCAGAUGACCAAGCUCGUUGAAUGCAUAGAAGAGGAAAUCUUUGAGUCAGGACACCAAAUUAUUCGCCAAGGUGACCAGGGCGAUUUAUUUUAUGUCAUUCGUUCCGGAAAAUGCAGUGUUACUAUCAAUCAAAAAGACGGAUCUGAACGCGUAGUCAGCAAGCUCACUCGUGGAGACUUCUUCGGAGAACGCGCACUUUUGAGGAAGGAGGUUCGAGCGGCGAAUGUAUACGCUCUGGGGAAAGUAACCGUCUACUCACUCGAACGUGAUUAUUUUGUUCAACUUAUUGGUCACCUAGACAACUUGAAACAUAAGGAAGCAAACGAACCGGUCGAGGAAGAAGUUAAACGAGUGAUUAAUCCGCUCGUGCGUCGGGUUCAACUGAAAGACUUGAAGAUCGUUAAAGUCAUCGGACGAGGCUCCUUUGGUCCGAUUAAGAUGGUCAAAGUCCCAGGCAUUUCUCAUAAAAGCUUUGCGCUAAAAUGCAUCAAAAAGAUCGAGGUCGUAAAAGAAAAUUAUCAACCGCACAUUCAAGAAGAACGAAAACUCCUCGAAUCCAUGAACUCGCCAUUUGUUACCUAUCUUUUGAAGAGCUUCAAAGAUAAAAGAAUGGUCUACUUUUUGACUGAUGUUUAUCUUGGUGGAGAUUUGCUCACGUCGACUCAUUCUAAUGUUAAUUCUAAAUCCUCAAAAAGUGACACUGUGGCUCGUUUCUACGCUGCCUGCGCCAUCGAAGCUAUCAGCUAUCUUCAUGAACGACUCAUCUGCUACAGGGAUUUAAAGCCUGAAAAUCUCCUACUCGAUUCAAACGGAUAUGUCAGACUUGUCGAUCUUGGAUUCGCUAAACAAAUUCCAGCAGGAACAAAAACUUGGACCUUCUGUGGCACUCCUGAAUACAUUGCUCCGGAGAUCAUAACUUCUGCUGGGCACAAUCACGCUGCGGAUUUUUGGUCACUUGGAAUUUUGAUUUACGAGCUUCUUACCAAGUCGACGCCCUUUGCAGCAGACACUGAUAUACAAAUUUACAAGAACACUCUGAAAGGAAUACAGAGCAUCGAUUUUCAUUUCCCGUCAAUUUCUAAACGCGCUGGUCAUCUUGUUCGUUCUCUCUGUCACCUUUCUCCCUGUGAGCGAAUUGGUUACGGAAGUUGCGGAAUCGAUGGCAUUCGCAAGAAUCACAAAUGGUUUGAAGGAUUCGACUGGGAAGCGCUCAAAAAUCAGAAGAUACUAGCGCCAAAUAUUCCAAAUUUGAAGAAUGUAUUCGAUUAUUCGAACUUCGGCAAGUUCAAGGAUGAAGACGACAAAGACACGCCAAUUGAAGAGUCUGGCUGGGAUGAGCAUUUUUAA